UCUCAGUGAGCAAGAAAUCAGAAAAUCACCUCCAAGAAAUCAAAUCCUAUUAGCAUUCGUCAUGGAUAGGGUUUCUGAAGAAGGGAAUCGAAAGAAAAAGCAAAAUCUGAUAGAACGAUCAUCAUCACAAUUCGAGCAAUACAACGGCCCAGAUUUCAUCAGCAAUUUGCCCGACACGAUCCUCACCUCCAUCAUCUCCCUUCUCCCCCUCAGAGAAGCAGCUAGAACCUCCAUCCUCUCCAAGAAUUGGAUCGAUCUCUGGAAAUCAAUCCCAUUUCUCCUUUUAGACGAAUCCAUCGCUCCCAAAGAUCCCAACGGACGAGACGAUCUCUAUCCCGAAGAGAAAUGGAUCAAAGCCGUCCAAUGCAUCCUCAUGGCCCGCCGGGAUCCCAUCAUGAGCUGCAGCAUCAUCAGCAGGUUCUUGUCGAUUAAACCCCUUGAUGCCGACCAUUUCCUUCUCUGCCUGUCGAAAAUCGGGGUCGAGAAGCUCCACCUGGUAAAUUCAUCCGUUGACGCCUUUUGCAUUCCUGCUUCCGCGUUCUCGAUCCUGUCUCUCAAGAGCCUACUACUGGACAGGUGUGCGCUCCUGGAAAUCCCAACGCAAUUCGAGGCAUUUGCCAGCCUCAAGGCGAUCUGCUUCAAUUUCGUCAUAUCUACUGAUGACGUGAUCGCGCGGUUGGUGUCGUCUUGCCCGGUGUUGGAGAGCUUGGGGCUGCAUUAUUGCACUGGGGUUAAAGAAUUCAGGAUCAGUGCUCCGAAGCUCUUGUUUCUGGACAUCUCUGUGUUUGUGCCGGCACGUGUUCGACUGAUUGACGCCCCGCAUUUGGAGCAUUCCGAUUUUUCAUUCAACUUCCCACCUUCGUGGAGAAGCAGUUCAUGGGGGGUCAGCGAAUCCGUGAUGCUAGUUGAGCUUUUGAGAGACAUGAGCCAUGUGAAGAGGCUUUCUCUUUCUUGGAAUGAUGCUUUUGCUAAGUGCCUGUCAGCAGGAGAUGUACCAAGUAGCCUGCCCACAGAACACCUGCUGCAGAAUUUGACAAUUCUUUCAAUGAAAGUGAGUUUUAUUGAUGGAAUGGUGUUUCCCUUCUUAAGUUUCUUGCUUAGGAGUUGUCCUCGUCUACAGGAACUUGUGAUCGAGUGUUACGGUGAUGAAACAGUGAGAUACGGGCCAAGUAAACUGAAAUCCAAUUACUGGGAGCAGCAACAACCAUUUGAAUGUUUGGCCAGUAGCUUAGAGGCAAUUCAGAUGAAACGUAUGCAUUCGGACUGUGCGUAUGAGAUGGCAUUUGUGGAGUUUUUACUAAUGAAGGCAGGUCUUCUCAAGACUAUGAUCAUGACACAUCGAGGAAGCGGAGAGGUUUUGAAGGAAUUGUGUCUUUUGCAAUGGGCUUCUCCACACAUUCAAUUGACACUUACACCCUCCAAGUAAAUCUUACUUGGGUAAUGGUUAGUUUUAUUUACAAAGUUCAGAUUUUGCUCCAUGCGAAACUGAGAGAAAUGUACCCUAGAAAGCAUAAUUAGCAUGUAGUUUAUGGGAUAUUUAAGCAAACUACGUAAUUUUGGAUGAGAAUACUGAUCUACAUGUUUUUUGAAUUGAUGUUUUAUACCUGUUGAAUCCAUCAAUGAACUUUUGAUUUUUCUUUC